CUGUGAAAGACGUCCCUCCUGUAUCUGUGAAAGCCGUCUCUCCUGUAUGUGUGAAAGACGUCCCUCCUGUAUGUGUGAAAGCUGUCUCUCCUGUAUCUGUGAAAGACGUCCCUACUGUAUGUGUGAAAGACGUCCUCCUUCCAGCCCCCGUCAUAGUUGACACCCCAGCAGUGAAGCCAGGGUGUACCAAAAUGGCUACUCCACUUCCUGAGUUGACAGUUGAGGUGAUGAAAAAGUUGUCCCCAGAGAGUGGUGUCCCGUUGAAAGACGUCCCCCCAGUGUACCCUGUAUUAGUGUCCCCUGUCCCAUAUAACUCAGUGAAGACGGAUCCUGCCCCAGUGGACACUCUGACAGCCCUGUCGGACACACUUAUCUCCUUCGACACAGGUUCAUCCAGUCUAGAAGAAGAGUUGGUAGAGCCCAUCCCUCCCAGCCCAGGAUUUUGGAGUCAAGAGCUUCUCAGUGGAUCAGACAGAUAUAGUGUCUCGACCGAGGUAGUGGCCCCUGACAGUCCGACCCCUAGUACUGACUCCAGUGUGAAUGAAAAUAUGUUGGAGGCCCUUGCAGACGACGUUAUCCCCAUCGACAGGACCACAAACACAACAAGACUGACAUGGAAGAGGUCCUGGGACGUCAACCCCAUCACUACCACAGACAAGAGUGAGGAUGAGGAGGAUGAGGAGCAGGAGGAGCAGGAGGAUCCACAGGUAUCCCUGGUCACGGUUCAGAAACAGUCAUCUGAGAGUGAGUCACCAUGGGAUAGAUGGAGUGCACCUACUGUCUAUAAAGAGAAGGAGACUGAGAAGAGAGACCCAGAGCCUUCAAUGGACCGUUCUAACUCCUACUCCAGCACCUUGGACAGUUCUGCAAACCAGAGACCCAAGUCACCAGACACUGAGUCCAAGAAGGGUUUUGUAUAUCUGAAGGAGUAUGUGAACGCUACAGACCUAACCAAACACAACACUAGAGACGAUCCUGACUAUGUAACGUCUAGUUCUAGCAGCCAUUUCUACAGCAGCCCCUCCUCUUCCACCAGGUCUACCAUGACGUCUGCCUGUACGUAUUGUGGAGAGCAGGUGGGCAACGAUGCCAAGAUCACCAUCGAGCACCUAAACAUCUCCUGCCACCCGGCCUGCUUCAAGUGUGGUGUUUGCAGUAAGCCAAUGGGAGACUUUCUGUUCAACAUGUUCCUGCACAAAGGGACCGUCCACUGUGAGAGCUGCUACUCCAACGUCUUCUAGGAUGCUUCCUUUCCUUGUCUCUUUUCCUUCACGGCCACAGAGGUGACAAGACUGGAUGGCUGAUAUAACUGCUCUCUCCCAUCAAGGCCUGUCGUCUGCUAACAGACAGGGACACUGCACCUUUAGUUUGACAUGAAUUUCCAUGGGUCAGAUUUUGUUUUCAUACCUUUGUAUGGAUCCUACUGAAUUGAAUGAGGUUAACACUGGAAUACUAUGGCAGUUAUUCUAUGGUUUAGGGUUGGUAAAGAUAAUAAUAUGAUCAUAUUACUGAUAUAGUUGAAUCUUCCGUCCGUUUGCAUGUCCACCUUUUUUUUGCCUUUAAUUCUCCUUAAAGGCCCAUUGCAGUCAAUAACAUGAUUUUCCUGUGUUUUAUAUAUAUUUCCACACUAUGAGGUUGGAAUAAUACUGUGAAAUUGUGAAAAGUAUGAUAAUUCCCUUUUAGUAGUGUAAGAGCUCUUUGAAUAGACUUCCUGAAAUGUCAGCCUGUUUUGGUGGAAGGGAGUUCUGGCCUUCCAUGGUGACAUCACCAGGCGGUAUACGUUAAU